GACCAAGUCACGCUGCGUUUGGAGCCACAGGGGUUGAAUUCCACCGAAUCCGAAGAAUAAAAUUGCGAAAGGUAUAUCAAGGAAAGAUAUAUUUUCCGAGUCUUCUUGAAAUUGAUUUGCGAAGAACGUAAUUAAACCGAAUCUUCUUGAAAGAAGUGAAAAAUGUGGUCACUCGAUAGAUGCUUUUGUCCCAUGUUCCUCUUUAUCACUGUGUUGGCUCCAUGUGUAUUGGCUACUUCAUGGGAUCAAAUUGGCUGCCACAAAACUGGGCACACCCGGAAAAUUAGUAUUCCUGGCUGUGUGGAGUUCCAGGUGACGACGAAUGCUUGCAGAGGCUUCUGUCCUUCCUAUUCCACCCCAUCUCCCGAAUGGAUUCUUCGAUCGAAUGCAAGACAGUCCAUCUGGUCAGUGGGACAGUGCUGCAAUAUCAUGGAAACCGAAGAUCUGUUCGUUGAAGUGAUGUGCGUGGGCGGAAUGAAGAAGCUGGUCUUCAAAUCGGCGAGAACCUGUUCCUGCUACCACUGCAAAAAGGAAUAAAAACAAGACAUGGGACCAGCCGAAAAGAACUGCAGUGAAGUGGAAAAAUGCAUGAAUUGAACAAGUAUUGCUUAUGAUAUCACAGAAAAAUGAA